CUGUCCCUCCCAAAGCUGAAAGUACAUCGGCUGCUGAGCUGUUGCACAGUCAUUCCUCUUCAGCACCACCAUGCCUAAGUGUCCCAAGUGCCAGAAAGAAGUCUAUUUUGCUGAGAAGGUGACUUCUCUAAAUAAAGAUUGGCACAGACCAUGCCUACGAUGUGAGAAGUGCAACAAGACCCUAACUCCCGGUAGCCACGCUGAGCAUGAUGGAAAACCUUACUGCAAUCAGCCAUGUUAUGCUGCACUCUUCGGACCAAAAGGGUUUGGUCGUGGUGGAACAGAAAGUCACACUUUCAAAUAAAUAAGGCUGAUGGGGAACAGUAUCCAGAAGAAUUCUGCAUCUACUAGAAAUUUGUCUCAACCUGCCUCUUAUUGAUACACCACUAUACAUGUACACAUAACAGUGAUCUAAUGCUUUGACCAGAAUAUUUUCUGUGCCAAUAGUUACAAAAGUUGGAUAUCUUGAAUAUGGCUAAAACCUACAAACAAUGACUAUUGUAAUAAUUGCUUAUAUUUUUUAUAUAUAAAGUCAAAACACUAUGCAGGUGUAUAUGAUUAUUACUGAAUAAAGUUAAAAACUUGCAAAAAGAUAA